UCUGAGGAAAGAUGGCGGAAGGAGGAGCGGCUGAUCUGGAUACCCAGAGAGGAGAGGUCGCGGCACUGUUGAAAACACAGCUAAAAAAGGGAGACACUUGGUACCUGGUGGACAGUCACUGGUUCAAACAGUGGAAGAAAUAUGUCGGAUUUGACAGUUGGGACAAAUACCAGAUGGGUGACCAGAAUGUCUACCCAGGACCAGUUGAUAACUCCGGUCUUCUUAGAGAUGCGGAUGUGCUGGCCAUCAAGGAGCACCUCAUCGACGAGCUCGACUACAUCCUGGUCCCCACAGAGGGCUGGAAUAAGCUUGUCAGCUGGUAUGGACUGACAGAUAAUCAGGAGCCAAUUGCACGCAAGGUGGUGGAACAGGGUAUGUUUGUGAAGCACUGCAAGGUGGAGGUGUACCUGACGGAGUUGAAGCUGUGUGAAGACGGCAACAUGGACAAUGUGAUCACCAGACGCUUCAGUAAAGCCGACACAAUAGACAUGAUCGAGAAGGAGAUGAGGAAGCUGUUCAGCAUCACUGAUGAGAAGGAGACCAGGAUGUGGAACCGCUACAUGAGCAACACCUUUGAGCCUCUCAACAAACCCGACAGCACCAUUCAAGACGCCGGACUGUACCAAGGACAGGUUCUCGUAAUAGAGCAGAAGGCUGAGGACGGCUCUUGGCCCCGAGGCUCCAAGGCACCCAAGUCAUCUGGUGCUUCCAAUCUCUGUGCUUUGCCAAAGAUCUCGCCUUCAUCUCUCACAAACAAUCAUAACAGCAGCUUCAACAGCAGGAAUGUGAAGAAUUCAAGCUAUAGUCUACCAUCCUACCACCCAUACAGCAACAGCUAUGACUACACAGACCAGAGCCGGCAGAGUGAGCGCUCAGGCCUCUGUGGACUCUCCAACCUGGGCAACACCUGCUUCAUGAACUCUGCUGUGCAGUGUUUAAGCAAUAUCCCUCCACUGACGGAGUACUUCCUUAAGGACAAGUUCACAGAGGAGCUGAACGAGGACAACCCACUGGGCAUGAAGGGAGAGAUUGCCAAAGCCUACGCCGAGCUUAUCAAGCAGCUGUGGUCGGGCAAAUUCAGCUACGUCACUCCGAGGCCUUUCAAGACCCAGGUGGGCCGCUUCGCCCCGCAGUUCUCGGGCUACCAACAGCAGGACUCUCACGAGCUUCUGGCCUUCCUGCUGGACGGCCUCCACGAAGACUUGAACCGCAUCAGGAAGAAGCCCUACAUCCAGCUAAAGGAUGCUAAUGGCAGGCCUGAUAAGGUGGUGGCGGAGGAGGCAUGGGAGAACCACAUCAAGAGAAACAACUCCAUCAUUGUGGACAUCUUCCACGGCCUCUUCAAAUCCACCCUGGUGUGUCCUGUGUGCUCCAAGGUCUCUGUGACCUUUGACCCUUUCUGCUACUUGACGCUGCCUCUGCCCAUGAGGAAGGAGCGGACACUGGAGGUCUAUCUGGUCAGACUGGACCCUCUGGCCAAACCCACACAGUACAAGCUGACUGUACCGAAGGUGGGCUCCAUCUCUGACCUGUGUAUCUCGCUUUCAAACCUGACGGAGGUGCCUGCUGAGAAGAUGAUUGUAACCGACAUCUACAACCACCGUUUCCAUCGGAUCUUCGCCACCAACGAGAACCUCAGCAGCAUCAUGGAAAGAGACGAUAUCUAUGUAUUCGAGUUGGCAGUGAACAGGGUGGAGGACACGGACCACGUGGUGAUCCCUGUUCACCUGAGGGAGAAGUUCAAACAGUCGGGCUACAACCACACCAGCACGCCGCUGUUCGGACAGCCCUUCCUGCUCGCCGUCCCCAGGACCCUCAGUGAGGACAAACUGUACAACAUGCUGCUGCUGCGCCUCUGCCGAUUUGUGCGAUCUUCAGUAGAGGAGGAAGAGGAGGAUUGUGAGGAGACGCAGCCGUCAAAACAACACGCUGUCAACGGCAACACCACUAACGGAGUUCUGGAGGAGGGGUCGCCCAGCGAGAUGGAGACCGACGAGCAGGACGACGAGUCGAGUCAGGAUCAGGAGCUGCCCUCCGAGAACGACAACAGCCAAUCAGAGGACUCGGUGGACAACGAGCUGGAGAACGGCGUGGUCGCUCCACAAAACUCCACCAAGGCCCAGCAGACGGCGGGGAACAACAGGAAGAGACUAUUCACAUUCCAGUUCAAUAACAUGGGAAAAACGGACUUCUCCCUCAUCAAGGAGGACACCCGGCAGAUCCGCUUCGACGAGGGACACCUCCGACUCAGCGACCGCUCUUAUCUCUCCUUGGACUGGGAUCCAGAGAUGAGGAAGAAGUACUUUGACGAGAGCGUCGUCGAGGACUUUGAAAAGCACGAGAGCAUGGAGUACAAGCCUCAGAAGAAGGCUUACUUCAAGCUGAAGGACUGCAUCGAACUUUUCACCACCAAGGAGAAACUGGGAGCAGAGGACCCAUGGUACUGUCCGGACUGUAAAGAGCACCAGCAGGCCACCAAGAAGCUGGACCUGUGGAGUCUGCCCCCGGUGCUGGUGGUCCAUCUGAAGCGCUUCUCCUACAGCCGCUACAUGAGGGACAAGCUGGACUCCCUGGUGGAUUUUCCACUCAAAGACCUGGACAUGUCAGAGUUCCUGAUCAACCCCAACUCCGGGCCCUGUCUCUACGACCUCAUCGCUGUGUCCAACCACUACGGAGGGAUGGGGGGAGGCACUGUAAGAUCCAGCACACAGCAUCACUACACGGCAUACGGCAAGAACAAAGACGACGAGAAGUGGUACAACUACGACGACAGCAGCGUGUCUCCUGCCAGCGAAGAUCAAAUAGUGUCCAAAGCAGGCUACGUGUGUUCUAACCAGCGGCAGGACACGGUGAAGGGCACCGGCUACUUCUCUCUCGACCGCGAGGUAGAUGAGGAGGAAGAGGAAAUGAGGAGAGAGGAGGAGGAGGAAGGAGAAGAUGAGGAGAAGGAAGGCGAGGAGAGAAAGGCCGCCUCUUCCUCUCAGGUUGCCUCGUCUUCUGCCUCUGCCUCUGCCUCAGCCAUCAGCCUCUCUCUGCUUCUGACCUCUGCCUCUGCCUCAGCCCCUGCCUCUGCCUCAGCCCCUGCCUCUGCCUCAGCCCCUGCCUCUGCCUCUGCCUCUGCCGCCGCCCCUCAGAGCGACGAGGAGGACCUGAACGAGAACCGCCGCAGGAAGAACGAUAACGAGCAGGGAAAUGGUGAGGGAGAGGAGGAGGAGAAGCCGGCGCCAAAUCGAGACGUCACCAUGAAAACCAACUGAGGCAAACGAGGGACAAAAUAAACGGAGAGAGAGAGAGAGAGAGAGAGAGGAGGAGAGAGAGAGAGAGACUAGGAUCUUUCCAUCCAAAGCCAUAUGGACACACAGCAUGGCAGCGGGCGCCACCAGCAGCUCAGACUCCGCCCCCCUCCACAGGCGGGGGGUGGGGCAGCUGUUCGGUCAGGGAGCUGCCGGGUUACGCAACUCUUAAGAAAUCAGGGCCCUCCUCUGUGGUCAGAUCACUGUGUGUGUGUGUGUGUAUAAAGUGUGUGUGUGUGAGUGUGACGCCACGUCCAUUCGUUUAAGGGUUAGCAGAAUAAGAGUCACUGAGCGACAUAAGGGAUGGAUUUAGACUCUUAAUCUGCUUUUUGUGUUAUUUUUAUAUCAUUUUUUGAGAGCAAUGCAUUGUUAGCAUAUCAUUUUAUUAUCAUUUAGAUCAUGUAAAUAUUUUAAACACUGAAUUAUAUCGGGGUUUUUCACGAUGCGCUGACACGUUAUGAACUUGCACAAUCACCAACCAUCCACGUUUCUUUUCUUUUUUUUUUUACACAUAUUAUCGCCAGACACACUGCAGCUGUUUAACAAUAACGCUGACUCUCAGAGGAUCAUCUGCCUUCAGUGAGCCGGAGGUGAGACGCGUGUACAGUGUAGACUUUAGGAACAUCGUUGUUUUUUUAAACGUGUCGAACAGCCAAACUUUGUGCUGCUUUUGCUGCUACUGCUGUGCAUUUUAACACAGGUUACUUCUGCGUCGGCAUGAACUUAAGCGAAUUAAGGUCCUGCUUUUGUCUCCUUUAUAUAAUAAUGACAAGUUAUCCAAGACAGAUUCAGAUUUUUGCACAUUUUACCUGCGAAUAUGAAUCAGUAACAUACUGUCUCACUCUGUCUUAAUCACACCAAGUCUCCGCUUCUAUUCUCCCGCUUUAAUUUAUCCCCAGGUGUUGUUUUGAAGCUUUACCACGCCUCUGCUCUCUUCAUCUCGGAGGCGCUGUGAGAUUAGGAAACAUCAGUGAUUCCACUCACAUCAGAUGGAUCAUCUCUUGUUGGGAUCACCUCGGCCUUAACUCUUAAUCUCAGACCGGUAGCCUUUUACUUUGCACAUCACCAUCCCCUCACACUCGAAUGUCCGCUCCAUAACGUCAUCUCACGCUGCUUCUUGAAACCCACAAGAGGGCCAGAAUGUAUGCUGAAUGAAAUGAUGAAAUGACCAGAUGUAAUGCAUUUGAUGCCUUUUUGAUUAUCUACAGGGCCAGAUUUGUCAUUUUUUCCCCUCUUGGUUUGGUUGAAUGUGAUCGCCUUUGAUAUUAGCUGUAUGAAAUCAUGGGUUCUGCUGAAUGCGUCCCUUUGCAGAGGGGGACACAAUGCUUCUCUGUGGUCCUGAGCUUUGAGGGAGAAAGGGAGGUGGACAAAUCUGAAAUCUGUGGGGUGAGUCUGCCUAAAAGGCCUCUGAGCUUCCGGGAUCAUGAUCGGUAAAGGCGGGAUAUUCCUCCAUCGAUGUGAUAAACUAUUCUCCAUGGUGGAGUGUUUUCUUUUUGUCGCUCCAGUGUAAACACCUGCUGUCGCCGCAGAAUAUCAGACGUGUACCAGGCCUUUCUGAGUAUCUCCGUGCUUUUUGGACGACUCACCCCCCCAAUCCCAUCCUGACUGUGUGAGAUUUGAUCGCUAUUAUACAAUAUUGUACAUAAGAGUUCACUCUGUGAGUGCACAUUUGAUAAAGUUUAUUUAUUUAUAUGUAAGCAUUUAAUAAUAAAAAGACAAUAUAUUUAAAGCUCGGAAAGACCUGAACUGUCGUUGGGGGAACCGUGACUCGUGUGUGUCCACGCAUACACACCAGUUUGCAAAGUCUAGCCUGUGCUCUCGUCAGGAGGGGAUAUUUUUUAAGAAAAAGGAUGGUUCUGUUGUUAUGGGGACUGUUUUUUUGUAUGAAAAAGUAUCCAGACAUCCUUGCAUGACGACAUAACGGGUUUCCAGGUUGGCUGCACUUGAGUUCACUUGGGUUUACAUUGAAAUGUGCAUGUGUAUUUAUACACAAUCUUCAAAUAAAGUUGUGUAAAGCUU